UUAUUUUUUUAAGAUUUGGGUAAAUCCGAGCGGAAGUGUGUUUCUCUCAACAGGAAGUUGUCAGCAGUGUUUUGUUGCCGUUGGCUGUGUUGUGAAAAUGGCGACGCCUCGUCGCUGUUCGCAGCCGCAGCCGCUGAACUCGCUGCUGUCCUCCCCGCCCCGCAGCACCCCGCUCUCCCUCAGCCCGCCUGCCUCUCCCCCGAUACCCGCCGAUGAUGUCGCCCCACUUCCACAUGAAGCCGUGACGGAGCAGCCGGCUGACGUGGAGGUAACGCCGGCCUCUCCCACCGGCCCGAACCUCAGCAGUAGCGGCAGCAGCUCCCCGACCUCCACCGACGGCCGCGGGACCAGCGUCGGCUCCACGCCCGAGACGGGGGUCGCUGACGCCGGCAGCGGCGGUCCGAACGGAACGUUCAGGGAGCUAUUUGAAGCUUGUCGGAACGGCGACGUGUCGAGUGUGAAGAAACUCGUGGACACCGUGAACGUGAACGCUAAAGAUAUGACAGGACGUAAAUCCACCCCGCUGCAUUUUGCUGCAGGUUUUGGUCGGAAAGAUGUCGUGGACCAUCUGCUUCAGAUGGGUGCUAACGUUCACGCCCGUGACGACGGGGGCCUGAUUCCACUUCACAAUGCCUGCUCAUUUGGUCACUCUGAGGUGGUGUCCUUGUUGCUGUGUCAGGGGGCCGACCCUAACGCUCGAGACAACUGGAACUACACGCCGCUACAUGAGGCGGGCAUAAAGGGCAAGAUAGAUGUCUGUAUCGUGUUGCUGCAGCAUGGAGCCGACCCCAACAUCCGUAACACCGACGGCAAGUCGGCCCUGGAUCUGGCUGAACCCUCUGCCAAGGCCGUGCUCACAGGUGAAUACAAGAAGGAUGAGCUGCUGGAGGCGGCGAGGAGCGGGAAUGAAGAAAAACUAAUGGCCUUGCUUACACCGCUCAACGUCAACUGCCAUGCAAGCGACGGCCGUAAGUCCACUCCACUGCACCUGGCAGCAGGAUACAACCGGGUGAGAAUCGUCCAGCUGUUACUCCAACAUGGAGCAGAUGUUCACGCCAAAGACAAGGGUGGCCUGGUGCCUCUGCAUAAUGCCUGCUCUUAUGGUCAUUAUGAAGUUACUGAGCUGCUACUGAAGCAUGGAGCUUGUGUUAAUGCCAUGGAUCUGUGGCAGUUUACACCACUUCACGAAGCGGCAUCUAAAAACCGCGUGGAGGUUUGUUCUCUGCUGCUGAGCCAUGGGGCCGACCCCACCCUGCUCAACUGUCACAGCAAGAGCUCUGUGGACAUGGCGCCCACCCCCGAGCUGAAGGAGAGACUCACAUAUGAGUUUAAAGGUCACUCGCUGCUACAAGCUGCUCGGGAAGCCGACAUGGCCAAAGCGAAGAAGACACUGGCGCUGGAGAUCAUCAACUUCAAACACCCUCACACACACGAGACUGCGUUGCACUGUGCUGUGGCCUCGCCACACCCCAAGAGGAAACAGGUGACGGAGCUGCUGCUGAGGAAAGGCGCCAAUGUCAAUGAGAAGAACAAGGAUUUUAUGACUCCCCUCCACAUGGCGGCAGAGAAAGCUCAUAAUGACAUCAUGGAGGUGUUACAGAAACAUGGUGCAAAGGUGAAUGUUCUGGACACGUUGGGUCAGACAGCAUUGCAUCACGCCGCACUGGCAGGGCAUCUUCAGACCUGCAGGCUGUUGCUAGGUUACGGGGCAGACGUCUCACUGGUGUCACUGCAGGGCUUCACUGCUGCUCAAAUGGGAAAUGAAGCUAUUCAACAAAUACUCAGUGAGAACAUCCCGAUGAGAAACUCAGAUGUGGACUUCAGGCUUCUGGAAGCUGCUAAAGCCGGAGACCUGGACACUGUCAAGUCACUGUGCACGGCUCAGAAUGUGAAUUGCAGAGAUCUGGAGGGACGUCACUCCACUCCCCUUCACUUUGCUGCCGGAUACAACAGGGUGUCAGUGGUGGAUUACCUCCUGCACCAUGGGGCCGACGUGCACGCCAAAGACAAAGGGGGUCUGGUUCCGCUCCAUAACGCCUGCUCGUAUGGUCACUACGAAGUGGCCGAGUUGCUGGUCAGACACGGCGCAUCAGUCAAUGUGGCCGACCUCUGGAAGUUCACGCCACUGCAUGAGGCCGCAGCCAAGGGCAAAUACGAGAUCUGCAAACUGUUGCUCAAGCACGGUGCAGAUCCCACCAAAAAGAACCGUGACGGCAACACACCCUUGGACCUGGUGAAGGACGGUGACACUGACAUCCAGGAUCUUCUGAGAGGAGAUGCGGCACUGCUGGAUGCUGCUAAGAAAGGCUGCCUGGCCAGGGUGCAGAAGUUAUGUAGCCCCGACAAUAUUAACUGCAGGGACACACAGGGACGCAACUCAACCCCGCUGCACCUCGCAGCCGGCUAUAAUAACUUGGAAGUAGCGGAAUAUCUCCUGGAACACGGAGCUGAUGUGAACGCACAGGACAAAGGAGGGCUGAUUCCUUUACACAAUGCUGCCUCGUAUGGGCACGUGGAUAUAGCCGCCCUGCUGAUUAAGUACAACACAUGCGUCAACGCCACAGACAAGUGGGCGUUCACGCCCCUUCAUGAAGCAGCACAGAAAGGCCGGACUCAGCUCUGUGCGCUGCUGUUGGCCCAUGGAGCCGAUCCAACGAUGAAAAACCAGGAAGGACAAACACCGCUGGACUUGGCAACGGCUGAUGACAUCAGAGCGCUGCUGAUUGACGCUAUGCCUCCAGACGCUCUGCCGAGCUGCUUGAAGCCACAGGCCACCAUGGUGAGUGCAGGUGUUGUGAGUGCAGGUGCCACAGGGGGCGUGGUCAUCUCUCCCUCUCCCUCCCCGUCUUGCCUGUCAGCAGCCAGCAGCAUCGACAAUCUGAACACACCCCUCAGUGACAUCACAGUGGGUGGGGCCACCGGCACUGCAGAUGGUCCUUCUGGAUCUGACAGGAAGGAAGUGGAGACUCUACUUGACAUGACCAUAAACCAGUUCCUGAAGAGUCUGGGGCUGGAGCACCUCAGAGAUAUAUUCCAGAGGGAGCAGAUUUCACUGGAUGUUCUGGCAGACAUGGGGCACGAGGAGCUGAAAGAGAUUGGCAUCAACGCGUACGGUCACAGACACAAACUCAUCAAGGGCAUUGAGAGGCUGCUUGGAGGUCAGCAAGGUGCAAACCCUUACCUGACGUUCCACUGCUCCAGUCAGGGCACCAUCCUGAUCGACCUGGCACCGGAUGACAAGGAGUUCCAGUCCGUGGAAGAAGAGCUUCAGAGCACCAUCAGGGAACACCGAGACGGAGGCAACGCUGGCGGAGUCUUCAGUCGGUACAACAUCAUUAAGAUUCAGAAGGUGGUGAAUAAGAAGCUGCGGGAGCGUUACGCCCACAGACAAAAAGAAAUUGCAGAUGAAAAUCACAACCAUCAUAACGAGCGCAUGCUCUUUCACGGCUCUCCCUUCAUCAACGCCAUCAUUCAUAAGGGUUUUGAUGAGCGACACGCCUACAUUGGUGGCAUGUUCGGCGCCGGCAUCUAUUUUGCAGAAAACUCAUCGAAAAGCAACCAGUAUGUGUACGGGAUCGGUGGAGGUACAGGAUGUCCCACCCACAAAGACCGCUCCUGCUACGUGUGCCACAGGCAGAUGCUGUUCUGCAGAGUCACGCUGGGGAAGUCGUUCCUUCAGUUCAGUGCCAUGAAGAUGGCCCACGCUCCCCCUGGACAUCACUCUGUGAUAGGACGACCCAGCGUCAACGGGUUGGCGUACGCGGAGUAUGUUAUCUACAGAGGCGAGCAGGCCUACCCAGAAUACUUGAUCACCUACCAGAUUAUGAAGCCAGAGAGUCUGGCCACGCCCACUGCCCCCGCCGAGCAGAAAUCCUAAAACACAAUUGCAGCUUGGCAAUGUGCAGAGGAA